AUGGCACGACUUUCAGAAACCGGCCAGGCGCCGAUGCCAGAGCGACCGCCCCAGCUCGACAGCCCCAGCACUAGCUCCUUGCGCAUGGCCUUGGGCGUCCUUGGACUCUGGAUAUGCCUCUUUCUGUCCGCGCUGGAAACGACUAUUGUCGCAACAGCAUUGCAGACCAUUUCCGAUGAUCUCAACGGCUUGGCACAGUCAAACUGGGUGGUUGUGGCCUAUCUUCUCACAUACAAUGGAUUUCUUCUCCUAUUCUCCAAAUUGACCGACAUCUUCGGACAGAAGGCCCUCCUCAUCGUGGCUCAAAUCAUCUUCUUGAUAUCUUCUCUGGCCUGCGGGGCAGCGCAGACGAUGCCCCAACUUAUCGUCUUUCGCGCCUUCCAAGGGCUUGGCGGCUCUGGUAUAUAUUCCACUGUCUUUAUCAUCAUUGCCAAGAUUGUCACGGUCGAUAAAGUCGGCACGUACACGGGGAUCCUCAGUUCAGUGUUUGCGUUGGCCAGUCUCCUGGGACCAAUCCUGGGUGGUGCAAUUGUUGACAAUACGACUUGGCGAUGGGUGUUCUUCAUCAAUGGUCCGGGUAUUGUCAUCUCACUCCUCCUCGUCAUUUUCGCCAUUCCCAACUCGAACCAACAGUUUCUUGGCAAAGACACGAUACAGCGCGUCGACUUCAUUGGGGGUCUCAUAUCCAUAGCCUGGCCGAUAAUGCUAGUAUUUGCGCUGCAAGAGGCCGGCGACGGCUAUUCAUGGGGCAGUAGCACCAUCAUCGGGACUCUCGUAGGCAGUGGUGUUGGGCUAGUCUCGUUCGUCGUGUAUGAACUUUGGGUCCAGGGCCAGCCAAAGACGGAGCCGAUUUUUCCCAUUGGACUAUUGAGGAGCAUAACAUUGUCGCUCAACUUGAUUACCAUGUUCGCGAUGGGCGCCUGCUUCUAUGCCGCUAUAAUCCUCCUCCCCCAACGAUUCCAAUCCGUCAAUGGCCUCUCUGCUUUAAACGCUGGUCUCAACAUGCUCGCCUUCACACUGGUCUCGCCAGUUUUCUCCAUGGCAUGCGGCAUAGUAUUGUCCAAGAAGCCUCCAGCCGCCCUCGUUCUGUUACUUGCCGGAUCUGCUUUGACGACCGUCGGGAUGGGCUUACUGAGUACUCUGGCAGACUCUGGAUCUGUAUCUGCUCCGGCAUAUGGAUAUGAAGUUCUUCUUGGAGUGGGUUUAGGUCUUAUGAUGCCGUCGUUGAUCUUCUUGUUAAAAGUUGAGUUUGACGAUGAGAACUUGGCCGCCGUCAUGGGCGCAAACAACACAACUCGUACUCUGGGUGGUUGCGUAGCCUUGUCUGUGUGUUCGACUGUGCUACACACAGAUCUUCACAGCAAGCUAGCCGCCUUUCUUACACCUGAACAGAUUACAGCGGUGCUCGGCUCCUCGGCCGCCUUCGGCAACCUCUCUGACUCUGAGGCACUCCGGGUACGCCAGGCAUAUGGUGCAAGUUAUGAUACGCAGUGUCGAGCUAUGUUGGCGUUUGCUGGACUGGGUUUCGUAUCGGCACUUUGCCUAGGAUUGGCUAGUAAAAGGUUGAGAGACAGGAUACAGGCUGUUGGUGCAGGGCAAGAACAAGGUUAGUGAGUAAUUAAUCGUGAUAUUAUGGUGUGGUACAACAUAUAAAUGCAG